ACAGUAGUUGCUGAAGCCAACGACUUGUUCUCUGUUCAACCACGCACUGGGGAUAAAUAUACCUUCAUAUUACGACAUGUUCUGCACGACUGGCCCGAGGCUCAAGCUGUAAGUCUUUUUUUAUCAUCGACAUCAAAUCUUAGUUGAUGUUUCCAGGUGAACAUCUUGCUGCUGCUGCUGCAGGACCAAAGGUUCGUUCUCAACAUCACUUUGUAGUUCCGAGAGCACGUUCAAUAUCUUUCCAGUCCAAAAUCCUGAUCAUCGAGAGAAUUUCUGGGCACUAUCCCGACACUCAUGUCGAGCUUGAGCAUAGCCCAGCAAACACAACGGAUAGCACAGCUCCUGCUUCACUCAUAACCGAGCAAACCAUUCUCAAUUCCUCAUUUCGCAUGCCACAGGCACUCGCCUUGCAUCUCUUGUGUAUUUUGAAUUGCCACGAAAGGACAUUGGAUCAGUGGCGAACUAUAAUUUCCCGGGCUGGCCUUGUCAUCACAAGGGUGUACAAACUUAGGGCUUACGUGUCUAUCAUGGACUGUCGCGCUAUUCAUGCAGACGAGAGUUGAGAUGACAUUAUAUUGACAACUCGUUAUCUGCUAUAAAUCUUCGGUCGUCUGUUUUUUAAUCAACAGUGUCUACAGUAGAAGAUCACUGAAUACAAUGUUUGCACAGUCUUAUCCUUCGUUCGUCUCCGCAAACAGACAGCGUGUCUCUUCGCGUUCUGACUCUCGAUAACGCCGUGUACAAUUGACCGGGAGCAAAUGGA